CCGCCACCCACAACGGACUACUCGUGACUUGGGGUGACGAGGAGAGAAAUGCGGACUUGGGGACGAGAAGGAACUAGGAAGCGGGUAUUGCGUGAGCGUGAGGUGUACGGAAAGGAGAGAAGAAAGAGAGAAGGUUGAAGGAAAGAGUGAUUGAGUGGAAGAAAGGAAUGGAAUUGAUGAGAAACAGAUUGACUGGAAAUUGCUGCCAUUUCGUAUUGACGAUUAGCAGCUACUUUGAGAUCACUUUUGGAGGCAAGGCCCUUGAGGCUAUUUGCACAAGUAUUUCCACAUAUUUUUUCGCUGCGCCGGAGACGAUAGUCGCCUAGAACUGGUAUCAGAGCUAGCGUCGGAGUGCUGGCGAAAUUUCUAUGCGACUCUAUUUAGUGCGCCAAGUGAAGCCGGGUGUAAGGGCGUUGUAGCAUUCUAAAGAGUAGGACGAAGCCUCAAGAAUGACAGGCGAUAUUGGAGAGGCUAGUUCGGGCUCCUCUGUGAGCAUUGGAGACCCCCAGGUUAAGGCUCUUUUAGAAUUGCUAGCGCAUGGGUCGUUGGUAGCGAAACCAACGAUAGGGCUCAGUGAAGCCCAGCGUUUUAAUGGCAGUAACUAUAGUACGUGGCGCUUGAAGUUCAUAAGGAGAGCGAAGGAGGUAGGAUUAUGACAAUUCUACCGUCGAGGUGAGAAGGCCGAAGGAGUAGCAACUACAAGCAACCAAGAGGAGGAUUCGGGAUAUCAGAAAAGGAGUGAGCAAGCAUACUUUCAGUUGUGCCAUUCUUUUUCUGAUGGAAUUGCUGUGGGCCUGGAUAAGUUUUCAGGCGAGAAAAAUCCGGCUCAAGUGGCAUGGGCAUACAUGGAGUCAGCCUACCUCGGCCAAAUGGAGAUGAACAUCGCUGCGGUGAGGAGGAAGCUGCUUUUGCUGAGUAUGGAGCCGAAAGAAGCCGUCAUCGAGUACAUCAAUCGAGCCAAGAGCUACAACGACGAUUUGGCCGCAAUGGGAGCUGAGGAGAACGAAAAGGCAAUGAUGGGUUACAUUGUCAACGGGCUCUCGAAGGAGUGGGCAUCAGAUCGACCUGCGUUGAUUUGCAAUCCACCUGCAAAUAUGACGAAGCUUCUGGAGAUGCUGCAAGCCUUGGCGAUAUCCAAGGAGGAUGUGACACGACGGGAGAAAGCGGCCCAAGGAGAAAAUGGGGCUGAGGGUGUGGAGCAGGAGAAGCCUGCAAUGGUGAAUGCAGUCGCUGCAGGGAGAGGCAUGGGUGCAUGCUUCCACUGCGGCAAGAUGGGGCAUAAGGCAUUUGACUGCUAUGAUAACCCGAGGAGCCGCAACUACAAGGGGAAAGGUGCUCCUGGUAUGGGAUGGAAUGGAGUGCAGCAGAGUGGGGAAGGGGGUAGCAGAGGAGAUAGUAGGCAGCAGAGGGGAAAGUUCUUUGGAGCUUGCCACCACUGCAAGAAGAUAGGGCAUAGAGCUAUCGAUUGCUACUCGAACCCCAACAGCCGGAGUUACAGGGGAACACAGCAGCAAGGUUCGGCACCGGCAAAGGCACAUGCAGCUGAAGCAGAAAAGAGGGAAGCUGAUGUUAUUUUGGGUGGUGCACAUAAGGCGAAUGUUCCCCUGUAACUUCGCGUGCAUCAGGGGUGUGCCUGAUGGCAAAAGGGGGUGGAGAAGCUGCAUGGUAUAUGGACAGUGGGUGCACACAGCAUAUGACCAAUCACAGUGAGUGGCUGAAUGCUUUGAGGGCAUCAAGUGUGCCGUAUGUGCUUGUGGGAGAUGAUCGGAAAUUGCUUGUGAAGGGAGAGGGAGAUCUGAUUUUGCAAGGGCAGUAUGGGGAGUUGAAACUGGAGAAUGUGCUGCUGGUUGAUGGUCUGUCACUGAAUUUGAUCAGUCAGUCACAGCUUGACAACACUGGAUGCAAGACAUUCAGUAACAAGGGCAGCGUGUGGAUGUUUGACCAUGCGUGGAAUGUGGUUGCUAAGGGCAUGCUGAAGAAUGGGUUGUAUGAAAUGCUGUUGAAUGAGAAGGGCAUGACAGCUGAGAAGGUUACCUACCAGCAGCCGACGGAGGAAGGGGUGCUGGCAAGGGAGGAGCUGCGGGCGAGCUUGAAAAGUGUACCUGUAGAGGAGCUGCGGAAGGAAUUGGUAUCGAUGGUGGCAGCAGCGGCUAAGGUAGACAUGGAGACCCUGCAUAGGAGGUUGGGACAUGCAGGGAUGGAGCGGAUUAAGGAGUUAGUGCAGAAAGAAAUGACAGUUGGAGUGGAACUGAAGGAUGGGGAUGGGAGCAAGGGGAAGUGUGACAAGUGUGUGGAGGGCAAAAUCACCAAAUCCCCCCAUCCCAAGCAUCAGGUGCAGGAGCCAUAUGGAGCGCUGGAGAUAGUAGCAGCUGAUGUGUGUGGGCCGCUGAGGGUGGCAUCCAGGCACGGGAGCAAAUACUUUGUCACCUUUACAGACUUAGGGACUAGGCACACAUGGGUGACUGAGCUUAAGGAUAAGACGGAGGUCUUCUCUAGUUUUCUGGACUGGAUGGUGGAAGCAGAAAGGCAGAGUGGGAAGCAGCUGAAGGUGCUGAGAACUGACAAUGGUGGGGAGUUUGUCAAUGAGGAGUUCAACAGCUACUUGCGCUCCAAGGGGAUUCUGAGGCAAUGGACAGUGCCUUACACUCCACAGCACAACAGUAUAGCGGAGAGGGUGAAUAGGUCACUGCUGGACUGUGUAAGGACAUUGCUAGCGGACAGCGGAUUACCACUGAAGUUCUGGGGAGAUGCCUUGGGGAUGGCUUGUUGGGUUAAGAACAGGCUACCUACCAAGGGCUUGGCAGCAGAUAUGACCCCACAUGAAGCAUUCUAUGGGAGGAAGCCGAAUAUGGGGUUGGCUCGCGUAUGGGGCUGCAUGGUGCAGUACAGGGAGCCAGCUGGACCAACCCAUAAGCUACUACCUAGAAGUAAGUGGGGGCUUAACCUUGGGAUGUGCAUGGUGAGCAAAGGAUGGGUGAUCAAGGAUGUGGAGAUAGGGAAGGUGGUGGUGACCAGAGAUGUGAUAUUCUAUGAGAAUGUCACCUACUUGAAGUGGAAAGGGGUGAGUUCGGAGAUUGCAACGGCAGGGGAAGCAGCUAACCUAGAGAAGGUGGAAGGGCUGCUGGAGGAGACAUCGAUUGAAGGGAUUGGAGAUGAAGUAGAGGAGAUUGCAGAAGAAGAAGCACAUACUUGGGUGUGGGAGCUUCGAGAGAAAAUGGCUGCACAGGGGAGAAAGGAGAUGGAGCAGCAGGAGAUAGAGCCAGAGGAGAAGGAUGCAACGACUGAGGUGGAGAUGGCACCAAGGGAGAGUGAGCAGGGAUCAACUGCACGAGAUGGUCACGAUCCAUGGAAGCUGCUAGAUAGUACAGACAGUCGUGAAGCAGUAGGAGAUUGAGGAACUACUGGAGGGUGGGGCA